GUGGGUGUGUACCGAUACUCCCAAGGUUGGAUGACAAGUAGUCCUCUCCGGCGGCCGUUGCCUCGCACGGAGACAGGAGAGCCAUGGGGAAGACAGGUGGAAGAGGAGACUUUGAAUGGGUCUACACGGACCAGCCGCACACCUCGAGAAGAAAAGAAAUCCUGGCCAAAUAUCCAGAGAUCAAGACUCUGAUGGGUCCAGACCCCCAGUUGAAGUGGGUGGUGUCCGGCAUGGUCCUAACCCAACUUGUCGCCUGCUACCUGGUCCACAAUCUUUCAUGGAAGUGGGUCUUCUUCUGGGCCUACGCCUUCGGAGGCUGCAUUAACCACUCCCUGACUCUGGCCAUUCACGACAUUUCCCACAACGUGGCGUUUGGGAACGGACGUGCAAAGUUGAACCGCUGGUUUGCCAUGUGGGCCAACUUGCCCAUUGGGGUGCCCUACUCCGCCUCCUUCAAGAAGUACCACAUCGACCACCAUCGGUAUCUGGGUGGUGAUCAGCUGGAUGUUGACAUCCCUACAGACCUUGAAGGAUGGUUCUUCAGCACCCCUGCUAGGAAGAUCCUAUGGCUUUUCCUCCAACCUCUCUUUUAUGCCAUACGGCCAUUAGUGGUCAAUCCAAAACCAGUGGGUCUGCUGGAAAUCCAGAAUACAUUAGUUCAGCUCGCAGUAGAUGCAGUUAUAUUCUAUUUUUGGGGGCUGAAGCCUGUUGUUUACCUCAUUGCUGGAUCUAUAUUGGGCAUGGGACUGCACCCCAUCUCUGGACAUUUCAUAUCAGAACACUACAUGUUUCUGAAGGGAUACGAGACUUAUUCAUACUAUGGACCACUCAACUGGAUCACCUUCAACGUAGGGUAUCACAUGGAGCACCAUGACUUCCCCAGCAUACCUGGCAGUAAACUACCUCAGGUCAAAAAGAUUGCAGCAGAGUAUUACGACUCCCUGCCUCAGCACAACUCCUGGGCUCGAGUUCUCUGGGACUUUGUGUUUGACGACAGCAUCGGUCUGUAUUCUCGAGUCAAACGGGAGUACAAGCUAAGCAAGCAGGAAUAAAUCUGAUGUCAUAUUUAUACAGAAAAGUGAGUUGCACUUGUUGAAAAUCAUCUAACCACAGAUAAAUGUCUCUAAACAAGCAUUUAUCCUAAAACAAGCAUUUAUCUCGUGAGAUAAAUGCUUGUUUUUCCCGUCUUCUUCAUGUGAUGUAAUGUCACUGACAGCAAACCCAACAAAAUGUUCAACAUUUAGCCACUGGUGUCCUCGUCUAACUUUGUGGUGAACUACACAUUAUAGCUGCAAGUGCACUUAAUUCCUGGAAGCACUUAGUGAAUGAUAUUAAGCUGGAUGGUUUUCUUCGUUUUUAGUCCCACUUUAAGAAAUGUUGGCCAUUUGCCACAAUAUUAGUGGUAGUGAUGUUUGUUUUUAGCCAGAAGGCAAUGAGAAUAAAAUGUGAAAAAACAUACCAUUUCACCAUCUGUAACCC